AGAUUUGGAGAAAAAAUUCAUACCAAUUAGUGGAGAUGCAAUGCAAUCUGGUUUGGAAAUAUCACCUGAGGAUCAAGCAACAAUUACACAAAAGGCCGCAAUUUAUGCAUCUACAGCAUUUACCCAAUGCGUCCAUGAAAACAUAGAAGAAAAAGUAUACCCCUUACCUAUAACGUAUGAAGAAAUUAACAACACUGCAGAUCAUUAAACGACGAAACUUAUCAGCGGAGGACGACAUUUCAUUCACUAAAAUAUUAUCGGGAAAUUUUCCAAAUACAUAUGUCUUCACAAAAUCCAUUGGCGAGGGAGAGUUAAAUAAGAGAGCCAAAGAUCUGCCUUUUUCGAUAUUCAGAUUCCCUAUCAGUGAUUUAAUACCUUGCAUUGGUACUAAUCACCAGUAAAAAUGUGGGCAUAUCGAAUCCCCUUAGUUUAUA